CAGAGAAGGCCUAGAAUAAAAGCAACAGUGAACUACCAGAUAACAGGCCUUCAUUUCUCCUGUUUGUAGAACUCAGCUAUCGCGGUCCUAUCUUAUCGAAGUGGGGCAGCGGGGAUCGACUCCAACUCCCCCAAGGUCCAACUUCAACCGCCAUAAAGCGCUGGUAUCCAACAUCCUAACCUACACCUCACUAUCCUAGCCGGCAUCUGGAAGAACACAAAAGACACAGAUAAUCAAAAUGUCUAAAAUUCACGUCCGAUCCUCCGACGCCCCGGCGCCCGCGCCAUUUCUCUCCCAGGCCACCGUGGUCGGGAACAUCGCCUUCUGCUCCGGUCAACUCGGGGUCGACCCCAAGACUGGGAAGAUCGUGGAUGGGAGUGUAAAAGACCGAACUCGCCAAAUCAUCACAAACCUCAGCGCGGUCCUCACAGCGAGCGGAUCUAGCCUCGCUGACGUCGCCAAGGUGAACGUAUUUCUGGCUGACAUGAAUGACUUCAAGGAUAUGAAUGAGGCUUAUAUGGAGGGGUUUCCGGAGCCGAGGCCGGCCCGGACGUGUGUGGCUGUCAAGACUUUGCCGAUGGGCUCGGAUGUUGAGAUUGAGUGCUCGGCUGUUGUGACGGGGCCGAUUAAGGGGAAGCUGUAAGAGACAGUUGGGAGCAUGGAAACCUAUGAGGGAAAGUCAAAACUGGGAAGAGAAAGUCCUAGAGCGAUAAAAUGUUAAUGAUUUGUGUUACUGAUUGACUGAUGCUAGCGUGGUAUAGUUUAGAAGCUGAGUAGCUUGUGGUAGAACCCUGACAUUGGAAGAGGAUUGGCUCGAGUAACUGCGUCCACCAGUCAAGAAAUUUCUGUACUCAUACUGACAUAAAACGAUUGUUGAAUGCCUGAUCUGCACGCCGUCGGUGGCGGACAGCGUAUGUCGGUGACAGGGUGUUGGGCAGCC